AUCAAUAGCUGCUGUAUUUCUGACGGGAGUGCACAUGUCAUUAGUCUUGGACGGCUAUUGUAAUGCGAGGAAUGGAUAUAGACGCCGGUAGAUAAACACGUUUGUUAAAGUGCUAAGUGAACAUGGGCAGCGUUAUUUACUGAGCUUGCUGAAGGAUAGUGGAAAGAUUGGACACGCAAUUUUACAAGUUGGUUCUUCCAGAACGCCUUAAUUCAAUGACAUCCAAUUGCAAGCAUGGGCUUGUGGAAUAUUGCGUGUCAACAACGAUGGCUAUCUAAGCACUGCUGUAACGUGCUCAAGUCUUCUUGGGGAAAGCAAGUGAUUUGCCCUCAAUUUGCCCUUUACCAUGUCGCAAGUAAACCUCUGUGUUCCAAGGACUGCGCCAUACCACCUGUGCCAAAACGUAAUGAUGUGUGUAGCAAGAAGAUUGUAUCCAAUGGGUCGCAGGGCCAAAUGCGGUCUGAAGGUAAAUAUCAACAGCAUCGUGCCCAAAGUAAAGCUCUAAAGAAUGGUAAGCCAUUUGAGCGAAGACCUCAAGAAGAUUGCAGAGCACAAGAUCUUCAUAAGAUAAGUUUUGAAGGCUUUUCUGCCUAUUCGGAAAAGCCUUUACGUGGGAAUGUAACAAGGGAUGCCAAGGAAGAAAGAAACUAUGAUGUCGUUUUUGGUAUUUCUCCAUGUCUCUUGGCAUUAACCAUUGGAAGAAGAAAGCCCUUCCGACUUUUAGUGAAAGAGGGCGACGUUUCUCGCAGGACCUCUGUCAUAAAGGUUUGUGAGGAGGCUCACAGACGAGGAGUGCAGAUCAAACGAGUCACUAAAAAGCAUCUGGACCGGAUUUCUACUGGGCGUGUUCAUCAAGGAGUAUGUCUUCAGGCCAGUCCACUGAGUUUUCUUACAGAGGAGACGGCCUUCCCAUCGGGCAAAAUAAGUGAUAUUCUACCACUUUGGCUUGUGCUGGAUGGAAUUCAAGAUCCCAUGAACUUUGGAGCAAUUCUGCGCUCAGCCUAUUUCCUUGGUGUAGACAGAGUGGUCACCGGUCUUCACAAUAGCUGCCCAUUGACACCAGUAGUGAGCAAGGCUAGUUCAGGUGCAAUGGAAGUCAUGGACAUUUAUUGCUAUGAAAGCCUUGUGAAAAUGCUGGAGUUGAAAGUAUCACAGGGUUGGCAUGUGGUUGGCACCAUGGGAGCUCUAACAGAGGAGUGUUCCACUGUGGUUACUCGCUGCUCGGAUUUCCAGAUUACCAAACCUACAUUGUUGUUAAUGGGUGGAGAGGGGGAGGGUAUGUCACAAAAAUUGUUGUCUCAUUGUCAAACCAUCCUUACCAUCCCACCUUUUAGGCAACUGAUCCCGGGUAUAGAGUCUCUGAAUGUGUCCGUAGCAACGGGCAUUCUGCUGCACUCGCUGCUGUCACACAGGACUCUCGGGAGUGGGUCAUGAUGGACGACAUAAGCAAGUUCCUACACAGGCAUGAUGUAUGUCUGUGGAUUUUCAGUUCUAGUUUUUUUUUUUAUCCAUCCAUGUUGUAUAAAUAUUGAAUGUAUAUAAAUCCUCAUUGAUGUAAUGACUGUAAAUUAAAGGAAAAAAAACCAAAUACAGGAGUUGGGUAUGUUUUUGAAUUAAUGUUUUGCAGAGUUGUAGGAUGUAUAAUGUAUCUCUGCAGCUGUCAAAUGUAUAAGUUGAAUCUAAGCAUUAUAUGUACUGCAGUCCACAAUACGGUUAAAAUGCUGUUAGGGGAAAUCAUCCAUCGUUAACAGCCCACGAGCGUCAUACGAGGUCUGAUGAGAUAGUUUUCCUUACUUUACGUACUGAUCAGUUUGGCUGAUCUUGGCAGUUUUAACAAAUUCCACUUGGUGGCAGUAUGUACUACAUAUGCUUACAAAUUCAUACUAUCAUCAGGGAGGAAGAAGAAUCACGCACACAAUGCACUGCACGGCUGACAGGGGUUGUGUCUGUACAUUUUCGCGAUACAUUUUCCAAUUAUUCGGGAUCUUUAAAGAGAGGCAGCACUGAAGUCGUACUGCUUUUCUAUUUGUGUACCGGCAGACUGGAUUAGGAAUACUAUACAUUUCAUGAAGACGUCGCCGAGUACCCUCAACUUCUUCUAAACAUUGGAUUACACAGUGAAGGCUGCAUGUAGGAGUUGCCCAGCCCAAUGAGGGCUUGGCCGACACCCUUGUGUAUGGAACUCAAGACCGAGGCUUUGAAAUGCGGGCCUUAAAUAUUUUCUUUAUGAUGGAGGUGGAAGGAAAUCAUUUUCUUGCGUGAAGGAGCGACAAGCCGGGUCUAUUGGGCUGACCGGUUCUGAUAUAAACUUGCCCUUUUCCCCCCAAAAUGUUGUUUUUGGAUUAGCCUUCUAACUGCCCGUUCGGCUAGUUAGCAAGAGUGCUAACACUAACGCUACGUCUUUCUUUUGAUGUGGUGCGAAUCCGACCAUUCGCAUCGGCCUAGCAUUUUGACAGUGGAGCCUGUCCACGCUGCUGCGAAUCACCAAUUAACGAGAUUGCUCUUCUUGCUAUCUGUAUUUUCAAAACUGUCUCAAGAAUACUUUUAUUCUUACGAAGUUUGCUGAAUAUAUUGUUAUCGCGGUGAUAGACAUGCUAAGGCUAAUUGGCUAACAGGCAAAACACGAAGGGAACAACCUAAUCCGAGGAGUCUGGACUGAACUGUCGGAACAGGAUAUUUCAUUCUGGCAGGCGAGCUUUACUUGUUAUUUGGAGACAACCCAAAUCGCAUCCUAUCAUUUACAAUUCAUGAAAUCGCGUAUCAUGGUGGCUUGUUUCCUAGCGUCGGAGAUCUGGGUUAUUGGCCUCGCUAAUUGGCUAACGUUAACGAUUGGCUAAUUCCCUAAAUUAUUUUGUCAAAGCCGGGUGAAGUGGUGGAGUUUAUAGAAUAACGGGUGACAUUUAAUAAUUCUGAGGUAAACGAAAACUAGAUUUGAAAAUAUAGCAACUGUUAAUUUGUGUUGUUUUGUCAGUACGGCAGACUUUUCUUUUUGUUUACAUACGUACAUUUGGUUGUCGGCUGAAGUCCUUGCUCGCAAGCUAGCUAGCUAGCUAGCUAGCUAGCUAGCGUUAGCCAUCUACGAGACACAAUCAGCCAUGUCCUGACAUUUCUGCAUGUCAUGAACAUGUUAUGAAUUUCCCUAUACCUUAUUUUUCUUAUCUGCAUUAUAUUGAAAUGACACACAAAAUUCGGCGUAAGAAAGGCAUCGAUGCCGAAAUACUGUUUUCAGAGGAUUCUAAAUAAUAGACACUGGUACUAUAAACGCCAUUUUAAACAGAGGCUCCUCGGAGGGCCUGUGUGGUGGUGGUUCAUUUGCGGUUUGGUGCCUUUGACCGGACCAGGAAUUGAAAUUAAGUGCCUUCGGACUGAUUGGAAAUAAAGGGUUGGUUUUAA